UGAGCUGUCCAGGAUGGAGUCCAUGGCGUCCCGGACCCUCCUCCUGCUGCUCGCGGGGGCCCUGGCCCUGACCGAGACCCGGGCGGGCUCCCACUCCCUGAUGUAUUUCCACACCGCCGUGUCCCGGCCCGAACUCGGGGAGCCCCGCUUCAUCGCCGUGGGCUACGUGGACGACACGCAGUUCACCCGCUUCGACAGCGACGCCGAGAACCCGAGGAUGGAACCGAAGACGGAAUGGAUUCGGCAGGUGGAACCCGAGUACUGGGACCGGAACACGCAGAUCUCCAAGAACAACGAACAGUUUUACCGCGAGGGCCUGAACAUCCUGCGCGGCUACUACAACCAGAGCGAGGCCGGCUCUCACACCAUCCAGUUCAUGUCCGGCUGCGAAGUCGGGGCGGACGGGCGCCUCCUCCGCGGGUACAUGCAGUUCGCCUAUGAUGGCAAGGACUACAUCGCCCUGAAUGAGGACCUGCGCACCUGGACCGCGGCCGACAUGGCGGCUCAGAACACCAAGCGCAAGUCGGAGGCAGCGGGUGUUGCUGAGCAAGACAGGGCCUACCUGGAGGGCACGUGCGUGGAGUGGCUGCGCAGACACCUGGAGAUGGGAAAGGACACUCUGCAGAGAGCAGAGCCUCCUCAGCCCACUGUGCCCAUGUGGGGAGUCAUCGCUGGCCUGGUCCUCCUGGCAGCUGUGCUCAUUGGAGCUGUGGUCACUGCUGUGAUGAUGAAGAGGAAGCGCUCAGGUGGGAAACGAGGGAUCUACACUAAGGCUGCAGUGUGAGACAACCGCCUUGUUGGGACAGACCUGCUGAAGUCCCCAUCUUGGUUUUCUUCAAAAAGCCCCACCCUCCCUUCCUGCCAAGGCAGCUGAGUGUGUUCCUGUGGGCACAGUGUGAGGUGGGAGCCUGGCCCUCCCAGCCCAGCACGGGCACCUCUGUCCCUGUCUCAGGUGGAUCAUCUGCUGCA